UCUCGCCAUGAAAGAGCCGCGCAGGGGCUUCGGAGCUCGCCUGGCCCGGCUGUUGACUGGACUAGGGGGCCGAAGGGAGAGCCAGGGGAAGAUCUCAAAGGAGGCCAGAGCCCAGGAUAGGCCCUGGGGCGGCCAGAGCUGCCCUGACCUUGCUCAGGGUCAGGGUAGCACCAGCGAUGUCAGCCUCAAGGUCCAAACCCAAAGCUGUUCGGAAUGGGACCUUCGGGUCAGGAGCCACGGUGGCUUAUGGAGUGGGAAGAGACUACACAUCUCAAAAGGACGAAAUGAACCCCUGGGGAGGCUGCAGAGGCCGGCUGUGGGCAGCGCCUGUGACUUGGCCAGCUGUGGCGCUAUGGACUAUGGGUGCCCCACACCAGCGGGCUCUGCGGAAGCCCUUGGUGCUCCCAGCUAUCCCUCCUGCCCAGAACCCGCCCCUCCUUGGAAACAGGGAUCCCCAGGCUAUCCCUGCCAGCACCCCCAGCACAGCACCCCAGAGGUUCUGCUGAGGUCAGAGCCGCCUGGCGACCUGGGAGACGCACCCCUGUCGCCCCACCCUCUGUCCUUCCUCCCUGCCGCAAGGGCAAAGGGCAAGCCGGCCGCCCCAGAGCCAGCCCAGCCAGAGCCAGAGCCCCUACGCACUCGUCCCCGCGUCAGAACGACCCGCUAUCACAUCACUGUCACCCUGCAGGAGUGCGGGCGGGCACCCGGGGAAGAAGGCGAGGAACCGGCCAGACCAGCUCCCCGCCCCUGUGGCCCUGAGGAAUCCAGGGGCUGGCAGGAGCCUCCCCAGGAACUCCGCCCCAUCGCUGGGUGUCCAAUCAACCCUCCCGGGGAGCCGUGGCUGAGAGUCCCGCAGCAUCAGGGAAGCACGGCGCAGCAGGAGCUCCGAGUGGGCCGGGAACCCGGAUUCCCACGCAGCGGGGAGCCAGUGACAAGGACACCUCAGGUCUUCCCGGGGCACAACAUGGAAGAGACAGCUGGGACCUCCGCCCAAGCUGAGGCCCGAGUGGUAAGUGCCACGCUGACAUGGCGCCAACGGCCUCCUGCCCAGGAAGAGACCAGACACCGUUUUCACAAAGUGUCCCUGGUGUCAGGUGCCCGGAUGGAAGCCCCGCAGGAAGAAGUGUUUGAGCACAGCUUCCUGCGAGAAGUCAAUGGCUUUGUUAAGAAGGAAGAAGAGACUGUCAACGGCCAGGGUCCUGGGGAGGAGCCUGGGUCCACGAACUUUCAGAGCCACGAGCCCAUCUUUUCCAAGAAAUAUAUCCCACCCCCCAAAGAGAAAAGGCCUAUGGUGAGGCUUCAGGAGGCUGUGGACUGGGGUGACGGGGGCCCCCAGGCUCCUAGAAUGGAACCACCGGCCAUGGGACCCAUGGCUAGGGCCGAGUUACUGGUGCCCUUGCCUGGGCCACGAGAGCCGAGUCCCCAUCCCAGUGUGGGUGUCACCAGCGGGGGUUCCAGGAACCGUGAUGAAUGGCGAGUGACACGCACAGUGAGGACCACCACCACCACGACCGUGAUGGGCGGGCACGUGGACCGCCGAGUGAGCAGCUCUGUGAGUGUGGGGUCAUCGAUGGCAGGCGACGCCCUGCCAAGGGGCCGCAAUGUGACCCGGACUGUCCGGGCAGUGGUGGUGAGCCCCAGAGCUGAGGGCUCACCCAGCCGUAGCCAGGCCCUGGAACUCCUGAGCAACCUCGUGCCCGCUGAGCGCAGCAGCCCUCCAGCCAGCCGAAUCCCAAGGCUCACAGUGCUGACGUCCAGGGGCUCAGCCCUGGGUGGCACAGGGGGAUCAACCCUGGGACAGCAGCUUGAGUCCGGCACAGCCGAGCUCAAGGACAGCAGCCGGACCCUGGCCCCGGGAGGCAUCUCUGUGGCUGAGCCCCCUACUCAAAGCCUGCAUGUCCCUGUAGCCCACCCAGCCCGAGACCAAGGCGGAGUCUCGGGUGCCAGAACUGGGGAGUCAAGGCUGCAGGGGGCCUCUAGUCCUGUCCUGCCUCCCAACCAGACUUCUCAGAGCCAAGCGCCAGCACCCUCUCCUCCGAAGCCCCAGACCUGUGCCUCCUCCCUGGCCCAUCCUCCAGAGCGGCCUGUGGCACCCGCACACCUCCAAGCCCAGUCCGUGCCUCAUGUCCUGCCCCCUGUGAAAGAAAAGUUUGCAGGCCUCCCUAUGGCCCCUGUCCUGCCCAUGUCGAAGGGUGAGGUUAUGAUGCCGGAAACUCCUCCCAGCCCAUCCUUUCUGAGGAAAGCUGUCCCUAGCCCACAAGACCUUUCUCGUCCUGCUCCACCACAGACUAAGUCUGUUCCGGAGUCUGAAAACGUACCCGUUUCUGCUCCUACUCAGAAAGAAGUAUUUCCGGGCCCCAGGGUUGCUGCCCACUCUGGUACCCCAAAAGAGGCUGUGCAGGUCGUUGGUGCUUGCACUGCCCCAUCCUCCGGGCCAACUAAGGUUGUCCAGGACACAGAAGGAGGUCCUUCCAUCAAGGAGGCUGGCCCGGAUCCCCAAAAUAGCCCUUCCCAUUCCCUUCCUUGCAAAGAGAAUGCUGAAGGCCCCACUGCCCCUGCUCCCCUGGCCCCCAGACAGGAUGCUGGUCUCCGGGAUUCUCCAGGGAACCCUAUCUCAUCACCUCCAAAGGACAGUUUCCAGAGCCCUGCCGUGCCCCUUAACCCAUCCUCCACAGAGGUCAAGGUGUCCCUCGGUCUAGAAGGCUCUCCUGCCCCAAAGCCAAUGGGAGCAGGGGCCAGCAUGGAGCCGCAGCCCAGCCCAGGCUCCACUGAGGGGAAGGCGUCCUCAGAGCCAUCUAGGGAGGAGGACGAAGCGGCCUUGAGCGCUGACCUGGAGAUCUUCCUGGAUACUCUGCGGAGCAUGGAGCCCCCCGAGAUCCUCCGAACUCACCGACUGCCCCGAGCUCCCCGCUCGUCCUACCUGGCCAUGUACGCCACCCUGCCCGCCAUUGAGGAGGAUCAGCUGGGGCCGUGCAUGCCCGGACCCAGUCCCCGGGAGGAACCUGCACUGGAAGAGGAGGAGGAAGAGCCCGAGAACCCCUACCUGAGUGAUGACGAGAAGCUGCAGCGCAGGCAAGAGAAAGCAGGGCCCGGCCCCUCCCCAGACUCCCAGCCACCCAAGCCCGCUAAGGUGUCCUGCUCGCCCAUGGAGAUGAUGAAGAAGCACGUAGCAGGGCAAGGCCCCGAACCUCAGCUCAGCAGCCGGCCUACCUCCCGCCUGGAAGGCAGCCUUCUCUUUGGCAAUAUGGUACCAGCCAACAAGGACGCCCCUGCCCUGGAACCACUAGGCACAAAACUCUCUGCUCUGCCAGCUCAUGGAGUACCAGGGGUCAGGAAGGUGCCGGGACAGUUGCCCCUGCUCUGCAGCGGAAGGCCACCACCAGAGAAGACAGCGCGAAUCCAGCCCCCGGAAGGGUGGAGCCCAGCACAAGGCAAGACCCAGGGCAAGCCGAAUACCAGGCCUGGGAAGGUGAUCCUCUUCUCGGAGCCUGGCUGCCAGGGCAGAGGCAGGGAGGUCUGGGGAGACACGGCAGAUGCUUCAGGCUGGGCCCCUGUGGCCUCCAUAAGGGUUGUGCGAGGCUGCUGGAUACUGUAUGAACAGCCAGAGUUCCGGGGCCAGAAGCUGUCGCUGCCUGAAGGGGAUGUGGAACUCAGGGCCCUGGCAUCCUCAUGGAGUUCCCAAGGCAUCGGCUCCCUGAGGAGGGCUGUGCGGGACUACUGCACCCCUAAGAUCAGCCUGUUCUCUGAGGAGGGCCUCCAGGGUAAGCCAGUGACGCUAACCGGAGACUUGAAAGACGCCCAAGGUCUGGAGAGACCCCUACAGGUGGCAUCUGCCACUGUCACUGCAGGACUGUGGCUGCUGUACCCCAAACCAUUCUUUGAAGACACGCCCUACAUCCUAGAGCCUGGAGACUACCCUACCUUGGAGGCCUGGGGUACCUCAGGCCCCAGUGUGGGUUCACUUAAGCCCAUGAGAUUGGGCUGCCCAAGCGUGGAGAAGCCAGGGGAGCCCAAGGCCGUGGUUUAUGAGGCGCCGGGCUUUCAGGGGCAGAGCUGGGAAGUCAGUGAAGACAUCUACAGCCUUCAGCAGCCAGAGGACAGCAGGAGUCCCCGGCUGACCUCCGUGGGGUCCCUGCGAAUUCUUGGGGGCUGCUGGGUAGGCUACGAGAAGGAGGGCUUCCGGGGCCACCAGUACCUGCUGGAAGAAGGCGAGUACGCCGACUGGACACACUGGGGAGGCUACGACGAGCUGCUGACCUCCCUGCGGGUCAUCCGGACGGACUUCGGAGACCCGGCCGUGGUGCUGUUCGAGGACAUGGACUUCCAGGGGCACAGCGUGGAGGUGAGCUCCGCGCUGCCCGACGUGGAGCUGGCGCAGCACGGACCCAGCACGCAAGCCAUCCACGUGCUCAGCGGCGUGUGGGUGGCCUACGAACGGGUGGGCUUCUCCGGCGAACAGUACGUCCUGGAGAAGGGCGUGUACCGCAACUGCGACGACUGGGGCUCCGGCAGCUGCUCCCUCGGCUCGCUUCAGCCCGUCGUGCAGGUCGGGGAGAGCGACCUUCACUUUGUCUCGAAGAUUCAGCUUUUCUCAGGCCCCAACUUCCUGGGCGACCACAUUUCCUUUGAGGAUGACCAGGCCUCUCUGCCAGCUUCCUUCCAUCCCCAGUCGUGCCGGGUCUACGGUGGCAGCUGGGUCCUGUUUGAGGGGAAGAACUUUGAGGCCGACCAGCACAUUGUGUCGGAGGGCGAGUUCCCCACUCUCACAGCCAUGGGCUGCCUGGCCUCCACCAUCCUGGGCUCUCUCCGGAAGGUUCCCCUGCACUUUUCAGAGCCUUCCCUGUCCCUCUUCGGCCUGGAGUGCUUCGAGGGGAAGGAGAUCGAGCUGACGGGGGAGGUGCGAAGCCUGCAGGCUGAGGGCUUCAACAACCACGUGUUAUCCAUGCGCGUCAAGGGCGGCGUCUGGGUGGUGUAUGAACACAGUGACUUCCGGGGCCGACAGUGGCUGGUGGGUAGCUGCGAGAUCACCAACUGGCUGACCUACAGCGGUACCCAGAGGGUGGGCUCCCUCUAUCCCAUCAAGCAGCGCCGAGCCUAUUUCCGCCUCUGGAAUGCGGCACUCGGGGGAUUCUUGGCAGUGCCUGACCACGUGGAGGACAUGAAGGCAGGCCGAGUGGUGGUCGCCGAGCCCCACGCUGGGGGUGGCUGCAUCUGGUACUAUGAAGAUGGACUGCUGAAGAACCAGGUGGCCCCCACCAUGAGCCUACAGGUGAUUGGACCGCCUAGCCCAGGCUCCAAAGUAGUGCUGUGGGCUGAGAGCCGCCUACCACGCCAAACUUGGAGCAUCAGUGAAUUGGGUCACAUCUGCAGCCAGAUGUUUGAAGGCCAGAUCCUGGACGUAAAGGGUGGCCGAGGUUAUGACCGGGACCAUGUGGUGCUAUGGGAACCAACCAAGGAAAGACCCUCCCAGAUCUGGACUGUCCACGUACUAUGAACCCACUUCACCCCCAGUCUCCUGCUGGAGGCUUUUGCUGGGAUCAAAUGGUUUUGUUUUUGUUUGGGGAUUUGUUUGUUUAUUUGUUUGUUUUUACAGAUUUUGCUGAGUACAUAAGCUAUUUUCUACUA